AGCGGGACUACCACAGCUUGUGUGAGAAGCAGCCCAUAGGCCGCUUGCUCUUCCGGCAGUUUUGUGAAACCCGGGUGGAGCUGAUGCGCUGUGUCAAGUUUCUGGAUGCUUUGGUAGAGUAUGAAGUGGCGCCUGAUGAAAAACGGAAGGAGUGUGGGCAGAUCCUGAUUGAGACAUACCUGAGCUCUAAGGGUGUGGACCAUGUUCCUGAAGUUCCCUCACAUCUAGUAAAUCUGUGCUCAGAGCGACUGGAGCAGGAGCCAUGUAAAGAGCUCUUUAAGGAAUGUACCAAGCUCAUCCACGACUACCUGAGUGUGGCACCUUUUGCUGACUACCUUGACAGUAUCUACUUCAGUCGUUUUCUGCAAUGGAAAUAUCUUGAAAG